UUUGCUGUUUUUCUUGACCAGGCUUUUAUUUUAAAGGUUCACGCUGGAAUACAUUUUUAAUAUCUCGCGAGCUUGACGCCCAGUGGGGCGAGUGGUGGGAGACGGAGAGGGGCACUGGAGGAGAACAGAAGAAGAGGACAGGAGGAGAAGAGGUGAGGAGGGUGCGGGUGGAGGACAUUCACUCAUUGUUACCAACUCGAGGAACGAGGACCUCGUUGCUGCACGUGAAUUUCCGGAAGAGCAUUAAGAUUUCCAUUGUCCAGCUGUUGUGGAUAUUUUUCAUAGGCAACAUUGUUUUCUGGUGACAAAAAGAAAGGACGGACUGGGCUUCCCAGCCACAGCAUCUCUCCGGUGAUGGAGGUGUAGAUGCUGACCGGAAUCUCCGCUGUGAUGGAUCCAUCCAGCCAUGGCUAUGAGGGAUUAUAGUCCCCAAAUGGGACUGUUUCUCUGUGAUCUGAGCAGCAAGUCCAGGAGCCUUGGGACUUCCCUGUACUGGUGAAUGAGCCUCAUGCUAACAGGGCUCGACCCCUCAUCCUAAUCAGCCAUCUCCCGGGAUCCUGCCUUUCUUCUGAACGGACCAGUAAUGGAUCUUCUAUGGGUGUUUUGUGUGUCCAUGCUAACGGCAUGUGUAGCCAUCCCCAUGGACGCGGCGGCGGGAAGCCACAGCCUCUUCACCUGCGAACCCAUCACCCUGCGCAUGUGCCAAGGGCUGCCGUACAACUCCACCUUCAUGCCUAACAUAAUGAACCACUAUGACCAGCAGACUGCCGCUCUUGCCAUGGAGCCGUUCCAUCCCAUGGUGAACCUGCAGUGCUCCCCGGAGCUCAGGAUGUUCCUGUGCGCGCUCUACACCCCGGUGUGCACCGAGUACGGCCGGAUGACCCUGCCCUGCCGCCGCCUCUGCCUGCAGGCCAGGAGCGACUGCUACAAACUGAUGGACAUGUUCGGCGUCAACUGGCCCGAGGAGAUGGACUGCAACAGGUUCCCAGACUGCGACGAGGCCUACCCCCGCCCCGUAGACCUCCUGUCCAGCUCGGACACCACCGAGUCGCCCAUCUCCGUCCAGAGGGACUACGGCUUCUGGUGUCCCCGCGAGCUAAAGAUCGACCCAGAGCUGGGCUACUCCUUCAUGGGGGUCCGGGACUGUUCCCCCCCAUGUCCGAACAUGUACUUUACCCGCGAGGAGCUGGCCUUUGCCCGCUACUUCAUCGGAGUGGUGUCCAUCGUCUGCCUGUCCGCCACCCUCUUCACCUUCUUGACUUUCCUCAUCGACGUGUCGCGGUUCCGUUACCCGGAGCGCCCGAUCAUAUUUUACGCUGUGUGCUACAUGAUGGUGUCCCUGGUCUUCUUCCUCGGGUUUCUGUUGGAGGACAAAGUUUCCUGUAACGCGGCGAGCCCCGGAAGUUUCAGGGCUUCAACGGUCACUCAGGGCUCUCACAAUAAGGCCUGCACCAUUCUCUUCAUGGUACUGUACUUCUUCACCAUGGCUGGCAGCGUGUGGUGGGUCAUCCUGACCAUCACCUGGUUCUUGGCGGCUGUCCCCAAGUGGGGCAGCGAGGCCAUCGAGAAGAAGGCCCUCCUGUUCCACGCCUGUGCCUGGGGCGUGCCCGGCGUGCUCACCGUCUCUCUGCUCGCCCUGAACAAGAUCGAGGGGGACGGCAUCAGCGGCGUGUGCUUUGUGGGUCUGUACAAUCUGACGGCGCUGCGCUGGUUCCUGCUGGCUCCACUGGGUCUGGACGUCGUGGUGGGUGUUGUGCUCCUGCUGGCCGGGAUAGCUGCCCUCAACCGCGUGCGCAUGGAGAUCCCGCUGGAGAAGGAGAACCAGGACAAACUGGUGAAAUUCAUGAUUCGCAUCGGCGUGUUCUCUGUGCUCUACCUGGUCCCCCUGCUGACCGUCCUGUCCUGCUACCUGUACGAGAGCAGCUACCGGCCCACCUGGGAGACCACCUGGGUGCAGGAGAAGUGCAGAGACUAUCACAUCCCCUGCCCCUAUCAGGUCGAUCGCACCAGUCGCCCUGACCUGGCGCUCUUCCUCAUCAAGUAUCUGAUGAUGCUGAUCGUGGGAAUCCCCUCCGUGUUCUGGGUGGGCAGCAAGAAGACCUGCUUCGAGUGGGCCAGUUUCUUCCACGGCAAAAGGCGCAAAGAUGGGAUGGUCAAAGAGAGCCGGCAGGUGCUGCAGGAGCCCGACUUUGCCCAGCUGCUGUUCCGGGACCCCAACACGCCCAUCGUGAGGAAGUCCCGGGGCACCUCCACCCAGGGGACGUCCACCCACGCCUCCUCCACCCACCUGGCCAUGCUGGACGAGCCCCCCAGCGCCAGCACCAGCCGUGCGGGCUCGGUGCGCAGCGCCCGCUCCAAGAUGAGCAGCUACCACGGCAGCCUGCACCGCUCCCGGGACGGCAGCAGAUACACGGCGUCCAGUUUCCGGGCGGCGGAUGAGCGGCUGCCCUUCGGGAGUACGCCGCGCCUCAACGACCCGCCGGGGUUCUCCAGCAGCUCCACCCGGCUGGACGGCCCCUCCAGGCACGACUCCACCCUGCGGCUGGACAGCCACUCCAGGCACAGCAGCGCCCGGGACCUGAGCACCGCCCCCCCGGCGGCGCUCUGCGUCCCCGGCAACGGGAUCCACAGGGUCCUGGAGGAGGACGGCGCCACGGCCUGAACGGACCCAGAAUCAGGGGGUGGAGCAGAGCUGAAGAGUUGCUCCUUUUGUUUUUUUUUGGAAGCAGGAACAUGUGUGUGUGUGUGGGGUUACUCGCGUCAGGAUUCGGUGUCGUUCGUGGUAUGUCGAGGGCUCCAAAGUCGGACUUUUGCCUUAAGAUGUCCUCCGAGCGUCACCUGCCGGAGGAGCCGACUCCAAAAUCUGAUGUGAAAAAUGGUUUCCCUGUCUGCAAAAGACGGAUGAAGAAGAUGAAGGCUGCGAGGAUGUGCUGCUGGUGGACCUACUUUUCUACACCCGUCGGGUGUAACUGUGACCGACAAAGACACUCUUUACCUUUUUUUUUUUUUCUUAAAAAGUACUCUUACCUGGAUUCGACAAGCAACCACAAAAACACUGGGAGCUCCUCCAGGUCAUGCUUUUUACCAGUUGGAUUUCUCAUCUCUUCAGCGUUUAAAUCCACUUUAUUUUUCAAGUUUUCUCUCCCAAAUUGAAAACUUUUCUACAAAAAGCUGAACAGGAAACUUUACACGAGCCUUGAUUACAAAAAGUACUUAAUGCACCUGUGCAGACAUCGGUUUGGAAAGGGACGUGUCUGGAACCUGGUUUGCUGUUUUGGCCGAAGAGGCUGGGGGAAAAAAAUAGCUAAAUCCUAAAGGAUGUGUUCAGAGAAAACAUUACCAGUUUUUCCUUUAGACACUGAGCAAAGCACUAAAGCGCACGAUUCCGACCCAUUAUUGGUAAACUGAUGGAAUUUCGCUCCGCAUUCUGACGAAAUCUGUUCAGUCUUUGUCAAAUCCUGAGUAGUUUGCAAAUGUGUCUUUACUUCUAGCUGCUGAAGCAGAACCUGUUCCUAGAUGUAAAAACUCCAAACCUGUUCAUUUGUAAUAAAGCU